GUUCUAUCUUUGACAUGAUGACGCAAAGCAGGAAGUGUGUGUUGUUUUGAUUGACGGAAUAUGGUUGAAUAAGGAUGAACUGAAACAAAAUUGUUGAUUUAUAUAAAACAAAAAUAAAUUUCUCUUUGCUUUGAAGAAUUCGCUGAAUGUAUCUCACCGGAAAAAAAAGCACCCGAGCAAACUAAACAGCGAACAUCUGUCUCCCUACGUGUAUGCCAUCUGUCUGAUGCUGUCUGGUCUAAACUCUCACUCGAGUAUGACAUUGUUUGCUGCCCAAAAUUGAUUGGAAUGCAAAGGAAGCCAGCGAGCAUGAUCGGUCAAUUUUUUAUAUAUUUUUUUUAUCAGCGUUAAUUAAGCUAAACUGAGCCAGUUCAACUGUGAAUGGGCCUGGCUCACCCCAAAAACGUGUCAAGGAUAGCCAGCUUGGAUUUUGGCAUCCCUCACAUCAAAUCGCAUUGAGAUCAUUCAUCAUUGACAGAACAACUUGAAUUGUUGCAUCCCGUUGUGUUGUAGCCAUUUGGUGGCUAGAUUGCUUGCUAAAAUUGUCCCUUUCCUAUAUUAUCCAUGGAUGGCGAUAGGGAGUCUUGUGGUUUUACUUAAUUCUCCAUACUAGACAAUGAUUAUAAUGACGAUUCUGAUGAAACCAUUAAUUCAUGCAUUGUUGUGCCCUGGCCUGAGAGGAUGGACAUUCAGCAUGUAACAGGCUAAUGUUAACCAUCUAAAGUUGUCCUUGAAUGGAAUUAGGCUUGCAAGUAAGCAUUUUAGCCAGGUAGCCUAGGACAACAAAAAAUAAACACAUGUACUGUAUGGCUGAGUGAUAGACUGUUUCAUCAACAUGAAAGAAAGGAGGAUGGCAUUGGUGUUUCUCUACAAGUAGGGUGCAUGGUUGCUCUACAUGUGAAACGCCUGUAUGAGUGACGCACACAACCACAGCACUCCACCACCAUGGGCCAGCGAAGGAGGGGGGCGGCUGCCCAUGCUCCCCCAGCAAACAGACACCAUGACGGGCUCACAGUAGCUCCCCAGGCCCCAACCAGGAAACACAACAUUUGCAUGGUGUCAGACUUCUUCUACCCCAAUAUGGGAGGGGUGGAGAGCCACAUCUACCAGCUAUCCCAGUGUCUGAUCGAGAAGGGCCACAAGGUGGUGAUCGCCACCCACACCUACGGCUGUAGGAAGGGGGUCCGCUACCUGACCAAUGGGCUCAAGGUCUACUACCUGCCCCUGCAGGUGAUGUACAACCAGUCCACCGUCACCACCUGCUUCCACAGCCUGCCACUUCUGCGCUGUGUGUUCGUCAGGGAACGCAUCACCGUGGUGCACGCCCACAGCUCCUUCUCCGCUAUGGGACACGAUGCACUGUUCCACGCCAAGACCAUGGGCCUCAACACGGUGUUCACUGACCACUCCCUCUUUGGUUUUGCUGACGUCAGCUCGGUGCUGACCAAUAAGCUGCUGGCUGUGUCUCUGUGCGAUACCAAUCACAUUGUGUGCGUGUCAUACACCAGUAAGGAGAACACAGUGCUCAGGGCAGGCCUCGACCCCGGGAUUGUUUCUGUCAUCCCCAAUGCCGUCGACCCCAGAGACUUUACACCCGACCCCUCCCAACGGCAUGACGACAGGAUCACCAUCGUUGUGAUCAGCCGUCUCGUCUACCGCAAAGGAAUAGAUCUUCUGGGAAGGAUCAUCCCAGAGCUCUGUCUGAAACAUCCAGAUGUACAUUUCUUGAUUGGUGGAGAGGGACCAAAGAGAAUCGUGUUGGAGGAAGUGAGAGAGAAAUACCAACUACACGACAGGGUGCAUCUCCUGGGGGCCCUGGAGCAUAAGGAUGUGCGUGGGGUGUUGGUCCAGGGACAUAUCUUCCUCAACACCUCCCUGACUGAGGCCUUCUGCAUGGCCAUAGUGGAGGGAGCCAGCUGUGGACUACAGGUGGUAAGUACGCGUGUUGGAGGGAUCCCAGAGGUUCUGCCUGAGCAUCUGAUCACCCUGUGCGAGCCAACCGUGCAUUCUCUGUGUGCCGGCCUGGAGAGUGUCAUCGCUAGGCAACUAUCGGGCCGCGUUGCCUCCCCCGCCACCAUCCACGCCCACGUCCGCACCCUGUACACCUGGAGGAACGUCGCAGAGAGAACAGAGAAGGUAUAUGAUUGCGUCGCUGGGAAGGAGGUUCUUCCUCUGGACAGACGGCUGCUCAGACUGAGGGCCCACUGUGGCCCCGUGGCAGGCUCCAUCUUUGCCCUCUUUGCUGUUCUCGACUUCCUCUUCCUGCUCCUCCUCCGCUGGCUCCUCCCAGACCGCCUCAUAGAUAUUGCCAUGGACGCCACGGGCCCUCAGGGGUUGUGGAGGCGGGGCUUGGGUGAUAGGAAAGGAACUCGCUCUAAAAGUGCCGUCUUGACAAAGGAGGAGUCAAAUGGUCACAAGACCAAGCUCUGAUCACAACUCCAAGCAGGCACAAAUCCUUAUCCUCAAUUGUUAUAUAACUCCUGAAAAUACAAUGUUUUUUACUUGAUAUCUUGGCGGUGUGUUUUCAAUAGGAUUGUUUGUUUUUUUGAAAUUAUUUUUUUGUUUUGUACUCCUCUAUAUAUUUAAUGUAUUAUUUCUUAAAUGUUAUGAUUAAAAGGAUCAAUACUUUGUA